CCCUGAACCGCUCGCACACACAUCUCCGCCUCCCCUUUCUUCUUCUAAGUUCUAAUCCCCCCUCGAACCUGCCAGCCGUCGCCAUUGCCGCGGUCUAAGACGAACUCCCCAAACCCGGUCAUAACGUCCUACGGCCUACGGGGCGCCAAACGCGCCCCGAAAUCGGCGAAGAACUUGAACGCGAUUUGAAGCAGGCACCAUAGGACCACACGCGCAAUUCCAUUCUUCCUUGUUCUCCUCUAAUUUUCUGCUGGUUUGACCACACGAUAAGAACAGAUCCACCAGUGUUCAGAUCUAUUGGACCAGUGUGCGUCUGUGGACGCGUGGAACAAACACUGACCUGAGGAUUGGAUCAUUGGGUUGCUUCGGAUUCGAUUCGUGCGAUCUGUUUUUUUGGUGCCCAGGACAUGAUCAAAUCUGUGGUGUAUUUUGGGCACAUCCCCAUUGGGGACGUGGAUGUGUGGCCAAAAGGCGAGACGAACUUGGCAGCGGCGGCGUGGGUGCGGGAGAUCCGGUUGGACCGCCUCUCCCCGCCCAGCGAGCGGUGCCCGCCGCUCGCCGUUCUGCACACUGUAUCCUCCCGCUGCCUUGUGAUGGAGUCGAGGCUGACAGUCACAGCGGACGAGCCCCCGCCGCCGCUUGUUGACAUGCACACCGCUUGCCUCAGAGACAACAAGACAGCGGUUUUUCCACUUGGAGCAGAAGAGAUCCAUUUAGUAGCUAUGAAAGACAAGAGAAACUUGCCAAACCAUGUGUGUUUUUGGGCCUAUAAACUACCGUUAGGCUUGUAUAAUUCCUGCUUGAGCAUGUUGAAUCUUCGGUGCCUUGGUAUUGUGUUUGACCUUGAUGAAACACUAAUUGUCGCCAAUACCACUCGGUCUUUUGAAGACAGAAUUGACGCACUCCAGAGAAAGUUGAGUAAUGAGACUGAUCCGCAGCGCAUCAGUGGUAUGUUGGCAGAGAUUAAGAGGUACCAAGAUGACAGGUCUAUGCUAAAGCAGUAUAUAGAAAGUGAUCAAGUUAUUGAUGGUGGGAAAGUUUAUAAAGUACAGUCUGAGGUUGUCCCGCCUUUAGCUGAUAAUCCUCAACCUAUGAUACGUCCUAUCAUAAGGCUACAAGAGAAAAGUAUUAUAUUCACACGCAUAAAUCCAUCGAUAAGAGAUACCAGUGUUCUGGUACGGUUAAGGCCUGCAUGGGAUGAUCUUCGGAGCUACUUAAUUGCAAGAGGCCGCAAGCGUUUUGAGGUAUAUGUGUGCACAAUGGCUGAGAGGGACUACGCUUUGGAAAUGUGGAGGUUGCUCGAUCCUGAUUCUAGACUGAUAAACUCGGUUCAACUUCCUGACAGGCUUGUCUGUGUCAAAUCCGGUUCUAGAAAGUCUUUGCUCAAUGUAUUCCAUGAUGGAUCUUGCCACCCUGGAAUGGCCCUAGUGAUUGAUGACCGUCUGAAAGUUUGGGAUGAAAAGGACCAGGGUCGAGUUCACGUUGUUCCUGCCUUCUCUCCAUAUUACGCUCCCCAGGCAGAGGAAAACUUCCCUAUUCCAGUUCUCUGUGUUGCUAGAAAUAUUGCGUGCAAUGUUAGGGGUGGCUUCUUCAAGGAAUUUGAUGAGGGUCUCCUACCAUGGAUUAGUGAGGUUCAUUUUGAUGAUGAAUUAAAUCAUGUUCCUUCUGCUCCUGAUGUUGGUAAUUAUUUGGUUUCCGAGGAUGAAAGUGCCUCAAUUUUGAGUGUAAACAAAGAUCCACUGGCUUUUGAUGGGAUGGCAGGUCCAGAGGUGGAGAGGAGACUGAAGGAAGCAGGCCACAGUGUUCAAACUGUGGGUCCAAUAACUACAAAUGUCGAUGUGAUGUCAGUAGCUUCUAACCAGCAAUUGGUUACACCUUCAUCUAUCCCGUUAGCACCAGUACUGGGGAUGGUGCCUUUGAAUAACGUUCAAGGUCCGCAGUAUCAAUCUGCUAUUGUGGAUCCGUUGCAAGGUUCUCCAGCUAGAGAAGAGGGUGAGGUCCCCGAGUCUGAGUUGGAUCCUGACACAAGGAGAAGGCUUCUCAUAUUACAGCAUGGCCAAGACACCAGAGAUCCUACACCACCCUUUCCUGCAGAACCUUCUGUAGAAGUACAGGUCUCAGUUCCUCCAGUGCAAUCUCAGGGAAAUUCGUUUUUCAUGGAGGAUUGGAUGGACCCAAGAAGCUUAGAUAGGACCUCGAUGGGUUUUCCUUUAGAAUCUGAUUCUGUACAUUAUGAUAAAAAGCAACCGCCGCAGCCAUCAUACUUCCAUGGUGGGGAUGAUCAUUUAUCUUCUGAUAGAUUUAACUAUCAGAACCAGAGAUAUACUUCUCAGCUGCCUCACAGUGAGGAUUGCCGUAUGCUUCCGAACCAGGCACCUACAACCUAUAGGUCCUUUUCUGGAGAGGGCACAGCAACCCAGCGCCUUCAUUCAGGGCAGAGAAGCGGCCAAUUGGAAUCAGGACAUCAAUUUGUACAAUAUACAGAGACAUCUGGUGGUGUGCUGCAGGAGAUUGCGGCGAAGUGUGGAUUUAAGGUGGAGUACCAGUCAACUUUAUGUGAUACUGCAGAGUUGCGAUUCUCCAUUGAGGUUUGGGUUCUUGGAGAAAAAGUAGGUGAAGGAAUGGGAAGAACUAGGAAAGAAGCACAACGGCAGGCUGCUGAUAUAUCUUUAAGAAAUUUGGCAGAUAAAUUUCUGUCAUUUGAUCCAGAUAAGAUGACAGUUCUUAAGGAUAACGGUUUUAGUAGCAAUCCAAACGUAUUCAGGUAUACAGGAAGUAACAGAGAUAACAUGUUAACACCUGCAAACACUUCAGAUGAUUCUAGAUAUAUGAAUGAAAGACUUGACAAUUCAAGCAAAUCUACUGGCUCUGUUGCUGCUCUCAAGGAGCUUUGUACAGCAGAGGGGUAUAACUUAAUUUUCCACGCUCAGCCAUCUCUGUCAGAUAGUUCGACAGGUAAAGAAGUUCAUGCGCAGGUCGAAAUAGGUGGGCAAAUCCUGGGACAAGGAGUUGGAGCAACAUGGGAGGAAGCCAAGCUGCAGGCUGCUGAUGGGGCUCUGGGAACUUUGAAAUACAUGCUCGGUCAACUUGGACAGAAACGGUCUGGAUCUCCAAGAUCAUUUCCAUCCAAUUUUGGUAAGCGCUUCAAGCCAGAUUUCCAGCGGACGGUGCAAAGGGUUCCUUCUGGCAGAUAUGCUAGGAAUGAUGGCCGUGUUCCUUGAUUUUAUUGUGUCGGAAUCCUGGAGUUCUAAGGCCCCAUUUGUUUGGGCUUCAGCUUCAGCUUUUGGUGUUUCUAACAAUCUCAAAAGCACUUCUUCCGUUUACACAUGAUGCUGAGAAGCACCUCCGGACGUGCUUCUCAGCUAGAAGUACCAAAAGCACGUCCGGAGGUGCUUCUCAACUUCAUGUGUAAAUGGGAGAAGUGCUUUUGAGAUUGCUAGAAGCACCAAAAGCUGAAGCAGAAGCCGAAACAAACAGAGCCUACGCUGGACAGGAUCCGGAGUGGGUCGUGCAGGGUUGUUCAAAGGGAAUGAUUUUUGUAUCGGUUGUAGAGUGGGUACGGAGUGGGUUGUAAUAGAAUAGUUGUUUUUGUUGCCUGCGGGCCUGUAAGUGCGUCGCGGUAAUUUCUUCAAUAUAUAAUACACCUACUUGGGUGUAUUCUAAAAAAAAAAGCUGGACAGGAUCCAUCAGUAGUUCAUCGCAAUCUGUUGCCCCUCAAGAGCUUCCAUAUUAUGCUGUGUUUGGUUGAGGGAAUGAAAAGUGUAAUAUAAUGUAAUGGUUCUACUUUUGUGGGUGGUUCUUGUGUUUGGUUGAGGUAAUACAUCAAAAUGGAAUGGAACCAAGUGGUUACGUUCCUUCUCAGA